AUCCCCGAACCAUUUUACCUGCGUACGGUCAUCAAUUGCCUAGGUUGCGGCUGUCUACAGCGACGUCCAUGGAUUGAUCUCGCGCGAACCAGUCCGUGACUACGUUCCAGAAACCUGGAUUUCAUUGAUCUUGGUAAAACGCGAACAUCACAUGGCUCUCGCACAUAAGCAUCUUGCACUUGGAUUGUUCGAUCGAUCAAUUUCCGAAUGGAGAGCGGAAACUAAAUUAGCGCUCGAACAUAUACAAAAGAGUGAUGGCAAAACGCAACUGGAUAUAAUCGUGCCACGAGAGGAAAAUGAAAGGAAGUUAUUAGCGAAAGCACAUCUCAGGGAAGCUUUGGUUUUACACGAAGAAAGUCAGAGAUUGCAAAGAAUGUGUAGAGACUUAAAAGCAAAGCAAGCGCUUGCCAAAGUUUUGAAAAGGAUACAAGAAUCAACAGUAGAGGAUUAUAAUGGAAUUAAAAAUGAAGAUGAUUUUCGAGAAUUGGAUCCACCUGAUAUUAUAGCAUCCACAAAAUUUCAAUUGAGUAUAACUCAUCCGGAUUUUGGACAACAUGGGGUCGAAGAUCUUUUCAAAUCAUUAGGCCCAGUUGCCAUAUUUUCGGCAAAAAGACAUUGGACUGCACCACGAUUAAUACAACUUCAAAGAGGACCUGAAGGCGAAGGAUUUGGUUUUAGCGUUCGAGGAGAUUCUCCUGUAAUAAUAGCUGCAGUUGAUCACAAUUCUUUGGCCGAUUUGGGUGGUAUGAAGGAAGGUGAUUUUAUAGUAGGAAUUGGUGAUAAAGAUGUAAAGUGGUCGUCUCAUGAACAAGUGGUUCGAUUGAUCAAGCAAUCUGGCGAUUUUAUCAAUUUAAAAUUGGUCACACCUAUGGAUAGAAAUUAUUUAAAGAAACCAGGUAAAAUUAAUCAGCAGGAUAAAGGAAGUGUUUCAGCGAGUAGUUCUUCCGGAAUUUCUUCUGGUCAACCAAGUCCUGCUGGUUCCGUUACUACUGCUCAUGUAACUAAGAAACUGCCGUGGAAUCCAUUUAAAAAGUCAGCCACUCAGCGUGACAGCAGGGACCUAACAUUUGAUAAUGUAAUUCUCAGAUGAUUCUUUAGACAUUAUGGUAUAUGGCUGUUAUAAUUGGAAUUUUCGAACAAACUUUGAAAAUAAUAUGAAAAUAUUUAAUAUUUAUGUUUUAAAUUUCGACUUUUGUUGAUAAUUCUAUAACGAUUGAUUUCAACAUUGCAAUUCUUGUGUUAUAAAAUCCGUACCUUUCUCAACAAUUAAAUGAUUCUUCCUAUCAAACUCAACAAAUACAUAUAAUAUAUAUAAACAUACUGUAUAAUUGUAAACAUAUUGUAUAUGAACAAAAAUUUAUCAUUUAUCAUAUCAAAAUAUAAUAAUAUUCAAACAAA